ACUGCUGACAAGAUCGACCCCCUAAUUGGCUGGUGCUUGGCUGGCAGCCAGAUGCACAGUGGGAUGCGUGGGAUGGCCAGGGACCGCCAUCAUCAUGGAGGGGCAGGGUCCCGGCGCCUCCCUACUUCGUAAGAGCUACGAGAGAUGCCUGUCUAGGUCUAAUCCAAUUCUGGAUGCUAGAAGCAACUUUUCCUUACCUCAUCAUCUUUAAAAUACUACCAUAACCACUUCCUCACUAUGUACAUGUAGUAACGCGGGCUCUUGAUUUUCCUCGUCAUUACCUUUGCGUUGCCAUUGGUCCUUCGAAACAGGAGACAUCGUAUUAUCCACGUGUGUGUGUAUGUGAAACAUUCCGUCUCGCGCCACCCGCCACAAGACGAGGCUAUCACGCAUCAUCACACUCGUGAUAUUUGACAGCGAACAAACCAUCACACCACCACUCUCUUCAACACACGCCACCUGUCUCUCUCCUAGUAUCUGCGCACACGCAAAACAACAAACCACCAUGUCCGGCGAAGGGCCCGAAAGCAUUCCGACAUCCGCAGACCCGCGGUCAAAGCGGCCUACGAAGAAGCGCGCUCUAACGCCCGUCUCGGCGCAAGCCAAAGAGCUUGACGUCCUCUUCGCCCACCCAGACCACGAGAUCCGCACCGAGCGGCCCAACACGACGCCCCGCCUGGCAGCACCGCCCGAGAUCGUCACGAACGUACAGGGUUCGAGCGCCGGCGCCGGCUCCGGCGAGUUCCACGUGUACAAGGCGAGCCGGCGGCGCGAGUACGAGCGGCUGCGGCGCAUGGACGAGGAGGUUGUGAAGGAGACUGCGGACGCCGAGUUUGAGCGCGGGAAAGAGGAGCGGCUGCGCAAGGACGACGAGAAGACGCGCCGGAACCGCGAGAAGAGGGACAAGAAGCGGAAGGCAAGAGAACGCGCCAAGAAUGGUGCAGGCGACGGGGGAGGUGGUGAAACCCGCAAUCACAAUGGGAAUCAGGCGGCCGCGAAAAAUGGCACGGCUGGGCCGAUAUCGCAGAAUGGCGUCAAAUCACGGAUAGAACUAAAGAAAGACAUGGACGACCGUGAAGAAAUUGGCCAAGGCGCAAUCGACCAGCCGAUGGAAGAAACCAAAGGCAUUGUCAUCGAGGAUGACUGACGGAGGAGAUACGGGAGUGAAGGAAAAUAAGGAAAGAUACCCAGCAUUGAUUGAGACAUAUACCACAAGAACUGAGAAGAGUCCAUCGCGAUAAUUAAUGAUGGCUACGUGUAGGAAUAGCUAGCGGCAAAGCACGCCAAGAUUGUACC